AUCAGCUGUGUAGUGCUAAGGGAAAAACCAAAACGUGCACACAGAUGGGGGGGCACCAGGACCGAGUUUGGGAAACCCUGCCCUAGUAGAUAUCUGCACCGUGGAGGUAAACGUUAUUGUGGUAAAAGAGAGAACUAACAGUUUAGAACAGGAAGUGACUUACUUUUACGUCAUGUAGUCGGGGUGGGUUCUUCGAUGAGAUUAAAGUAGAUUCACACAGGGAAAAGUUGCAGCAGCAAUGAGAGAAUUGAAUGAGGGCUGAUUCGAAGCACGCGCGCAUCAUCAAAGGACACGCUCCGCUGAAAACACCCAGAACGCGCAUUGCCUACAUGCGUUAAACGGAAUUUACAGCACUGGUGAGUAUACAUAGGUAGAAAACUGAAGUAGCCUAAUUAAAAUACGCCAUAUGACAUUUGGAAAUUAGCAUCCACCAUUUAGCCAACAACUUUUUGGACAGGAAGUGCAAUAGCGUUCAUAGAAGCGCUAUGGUUUUAAAAAAGCAAAAAAGUGCAUAUUGAAAUGAUUGUCCAUUUACAUGAUUUAGUUGUUUGACCAACAAAGUUAGCGGUGUUCGAGUUUUUAAAAUAGUAUAUUUGAAUUAGCCUACACCAUGACUACGUCUCAGUGCAUGUUAUCACAGGAGGUGAUCUGAAACAUUGUGUCUGCCUUUGUGUGUGUGCGUGUGCAUGCCUUCUUGUGUGAUAUAGAGAGGAGAUUGAAAAAGAGAGGCGAGCGAGCAACCUCCGAUUCCACUCUUACAUUUUUACAGGGUUGUGGAACGUUGCAGGAUGUUACCAUGACUCCAGGGGUAUACUGUUACACUUGUAUAGAAUAGCUGAUGGGACACUGUAACAAAACUGAUUGAUACAUUGGAAGCUUUUCCUUGGUACAAGAACAGAAUGACAGCUCAGACACAGCUCACCGACCCGAGAAAACUUUACUAUAUGGUGAAGUCUGUGCUUUGCUCUGCAAUGGAGAAUACUGGACAAAAUUAGAAGAUUCAUGGCUACAGUUGGAUGUUCUUUGCCUUUUCGCUAAGAUGACACACACACAGAGAGAGGGCAAGGAGACUUUGCGGAGAAGGGCAAGUACUCCUAUCCCUGCCUCUCAUCAGCCGGGGACGAGAGGUAGAGACCCGCCAGCCGACCCCCAUCACCCUCCGCUCGGCCAGUCCGCCUCAUACCAUCCCGGAGACAAGUCUCUCCACUGCCGCGCCAACUGGUCAUCUGAUGACUCUGAUAAUGACUCGGAUGGCUCAGGAGCAGAUUGUUUGUACCACGUUGUUUUGCUAGGAGACCACGGUGUUGGAAAGUCGAGUCUUGCCAAUAUCUUUGCCGGCAUUCAGGAGAAGGAUGCUCACGACCAUACGGGAGAGGACACCUAUGAGAGAACCAUGAUUGUAGAUGGGGAGGAGACCACCCUCAUCGUCAUGGACACCUGGGAGAACGAGAAACAGGAGGAGGAUGAGAAAUGGGUCCAGGACUACUGUAUGCAGGUGGGCAACGCCUACGUCAUAGUUUACUCAAUCACGGACCGCACCAGCUUCGAGAGUGCCUCUGAGUUACGCAUCCAGCUGCGGCGCAUACGGCAGGCCGAGAACAUUCCCAUCAUCCUCGUGGGCAACAAAAGUGACCUGGUCCGCUCCAGAGAAGUGGCUGUAGAAGAGGGCCGUGCAUGCGCCGUGGUGUUUGACUGCAAGUUCAUCGAGACAUCCGCUUCGCUCCAUCACAACGUCCACGAGCUCUUCGAGGGCAUCGUCCGGCAGAUCCGCCUGCGGCGAGACAGCAAAGAGACCAACGAACGCCGGCGCUCCGUCUACAAGCGCAAGGAGAGCCUCGCCAAGAAGGCCCGCCGCUUCCUGGACCGCCUGGUGGCCAAGAACAACAAGAAGAUGGCGCUGAAGGUUCGCUCCAAGUCCUGCCACGACCUGGCCGUGCUGUAACGGUUGCUGUGUGGCCAAGUGGAUACACGCCAACAGUGGUUGCAGACUUCAACUCUCCUCUUUGCCUUGACGCUGUGUUCUUCGGGUGGCCAUCUUGUGGGUCAAAUCCUUAAACCAACCAACGGCUGUAUUGUACUGUCUAGAGAGACUAAUUCUAUGCUCCAACCCCCUAGUGGUAAAGGGGAAGGACGUUAUUUCCUAUUUAUUUUAGCCAUUCAAAGCAAUUGGGAUGAGAAAAUGUGAGGCAAUUUAGACUUUUUUUUUGUUGCUAUAUCACAGAUCCGCUGAGAGCGAGUUUGCUAAACAGACACCUUAUCAACUGUUUGCCUUACAUCUAAGUCAAUAGAUUCCUAGACCAGUGUAGCACACUGUAGUGUGUGCCAGACACAAAUGCCAGACAUAGAUCUGGCAUUUGAAGUCCUUUACGGUCUCAUUUGAGAAGGUUUUCUAAGAUUAUUGAGGUAUGAAAUAAUCGUUUUAUUUUCUACCAAAGAAAGUGCUUUGAAUACACUGUAUGAUGUAUUUUUGCCAUGAGGAAAGCAAUGCCCACUUACUUACUUUUAAGCAAACGUCACUAACGAUUUGAUUUCAAGGUUUUGCACUAUGGGAGACAGUCAUGUGUUGGGAGGAAUCAAUGGACAUUCUUCUACAACAACCAAGAGAGCUUUGGUUUAAGACUUCUGUUCUGUCUAUGAGCCCCUCAGUUGACAGCUAAAUGACAUGUGAAUGCCGAUGUUGGGAAAUAGACACCAUCGUGAACUUUCCAAACAAAUUAUCCCGUCCACACCUUCCUUUACAAGCACCUCCUACGCUGGAAGGACCAGUGGGGUGUUAACAGUACAACUGUAAUGGAUGCUUUUGAAGAGGCGUGGUCUGAUUGACCACAGUCAAAAAACACGGUCCUGAAGAGACACAAGAAGAAAAAUGUUGAGUCUUCAAUGUGUGUGAAUGUGUGUGUCCUAGUUGGGUUUGAGAGGUAUUCUAAUCACUUUUGUACAGAGUUUGUAAAUACAGUACAUAAAUGUCAAGGAUUUUUAUGAGGAAAUAAAGGAGUAGGAAAUACAUUACCACUAA